CUCCCUUCCCUCAUGGCUCGUCGGUCCCAAAGCUCCUCGCAGGGGGACAAUCCCCUUGACCCCAACUACCUUCCACCCCACUACAAGGAGUAUUACCGCUUGGCGCUGGACGUGCUCACGGAGGAGGGCAAGGAGAGUUACCAGCGCUUCCUGGCAGAGGAGGCAGCCCCCGAUUUCCUCUGUGGCUCUGAGGUGGAUCACAUCAUCCAGAACCUCCAGAAGCCCCAGUAUGCCAAUCAGGAGAGCAGCACAGACACCACCGGGGACAAUGACAUGGAUGGAUCCUCUGGGACUUACUGGCCCAUGAACUCAGACCUUGCCGUUCCUGAGCUUGACCUGGGCUGGCCAAUGGUCUUUGGGUUCAGGGGAACGGAGGUGACAACCCUGGUGCAGCCACCUCCCCCAGACAACCCCAGCAUUAAGGAGGAGGCUCGCAGGAUGAUUCGAGCAGCUCAGCAGGUGGUGGCCAUCGUGAUGGACGUUUUCACGGACGUGGAUCUGCUGUUUGAGGUGCUGGAUGCUGCUUCUCGACGAGUGCCCGUCUACAUCUUGCUGGAUGAAAUGAACUCCCAGCUUUUCCUUGAUACAGCUGCCAAGUGCAGAGUCAACCUAAACUACGUGGAGUUCCUGAGGGUGAGGACAGUGUCUGGCCCAACCUACUACUGCCGCACGGGGAUGUCCUUCAAAGGGCACCUGAAGGAGAAGUUCCUGCUGGUGGACUGCAUGGUGGUACUCAGCGGCAACUACAGUUUCAUGUGGUCCUUUGAGAAGAUCCACAGGAGCAUCGCACACAUCUUCCAGGGCGAGCUGGUGGCCAGCUUCGAUGAGGAAUUCCGCAUUUUGUUUGCGCAGUCGGAGCCUCUCGUUCCUCCAGCCAAUGUGCUGGCAAAGGCAGAGAACGCCUUCGCCAUGGCUCCCUUCGGCAAUAACAUGCCUUUCUUUCCCAAAAAAGGCCCCCUGAUGUUCCAGAGGGAUGACAGUCUCUUCCCUUCCUUCAUGGACAGAGUGGAUCCGGACAGGUACUUCCUCUCCAAUUUUCGGCGGGAUGACAUGCUGCGGCACACCGUGGAAGGGUCAGCCAUGCGGAUGUAUAAAAAGGUGGAAAUGGAGAAUUCCCAGAUGGAUCCGGUCAGGGGCUUCCUCCGUUCCAAGCAGCUAGAGCUGGAUGCCUUUAAGAGACACAGUUUUGCGGAGGGAACAUUUGAAAAUUUUGCUUCUUCCAAGCAGUACGCCCGGCAGAUGUUCAUGAACAACAUGGAUGAGUUCAAAAUCCAAUCCAGUCAUUUCCAGAAGGACCAGUUCUACCAGUACCAGUUUGAACAUCCCCAUCUCUCUGGCAGACCUCAGGGAUUCUUUGAGAGGAUUCGAGGGGGAAGGCCGGGAUUCAAUGAACUGGAAGACUACGGAGAGGGACCCCGAUACCCUGAACUGGAACCCAGUUUCUCACAGGAGGGUUUCCCCUUACGGCUGGAUUACGUACCCUCAAAUUCUUCCAGGGAGGUGAGACAUGGCUCCGACCAGCUGAACCCUGCAGGCAAUGGCCCGAUGGGAAUGAUGUUACGGAGGCAGAAUAUAGGACAGAAAUUCAUUUGCCAGACUUCUCCCACGCAGAAGCAGAGCCUGGAGCAGCGCCUGUUCCUACAGGACAAGGAUGAGGACCAGGACGAUGACAAGAACACACAGGAAAACAGAACAGGGUUGCGGAACUGGAGGAUAUCUUCGUACCUCAGCGCAUACCAGUCUGAACCAGAUGAAGGGCUCCCGAUGCCGAUGGAGUCCGAGGCAUAUAAUGAUGCUCUUGGGGAUCCCCUCACAAAGCACCCCACUGACCUCGUGCCAGCCUUCAAAUCCCCCACAUCUUUCAAUAGCAAGGCACUGGGAAUUGACAGUGCCAAGGAAGUUGCGGAUCCUGAUAGAGCAGGUGAAGAAACCUCGAUAAUGAAACCAGAUGCCUUCAGGUCCAGGAUAAAUCCCUUGAUCCAGAGGAGUUCCAGGCUCAGGUCCUCUCUGAUUUUCAGCGCUGCCAAAUUAGAUCAGCCCAACACCACAAUAGAAAAGGUGCAGAUGAUCCAGAAAGAGCAGAUGUCCAGCGAGUUGACAAAGGACAAUGAAACCAUCAAGAUGGCCGCCUCCUCCAAAGUGGCCGAGCUGCUGGAGAAGUACAAAGCCGUGGGCAAGGACACGGAGCGGGGCACAGUCACCCACACCAAAGCUGUUUCAGGUUACCUACAGGAGGAAUCACAGAACACGGAGAAGAAAUGUACCAAAUCCGUGCAGUAUAAGAUUCUGGAGAGCAGGGUGCUGGACUCCAAAGACUCCUGCAGUACUUACAAAAUGCACGGAGAGCUGGACAGAGCAUUUGGAAUGGCCUCAUCCACCCCCCAGCUGGGGGAUGCCUUGAGUAAGGAUCCCCUGGCACAUCUUGGCACUAAGGUGGACAAGCUGUCAUCCCGGUUUUACCCGAUUGAGAACAAACCUGCUCUCCCAGAGAAGGAGAGUCUGAUAUAUGUAGGAGACACUCAGAAACUGGCUCUUCCGGAGAAGAAGGACAGGGUGACCUUCAGAGAAGACACUCCAAAGUUAGCCAACCCAGAAAUGAAGAAACCACAAGUUAGGACAAGUACCACGUCCUCAGCUCUGGAAAGCCUGUCUAGGAGUCAAGGGUCUGACAGCUCUCUCAACAAAUCCGAGGAAGACUGUUCAAAACAAGAGCAAAAUCCCAUGGAAUUUUUAAGAAAAGGGUCACUGCGACUGAAGCAGUUUUUAAACCCGAAAGGUGAAAAGAAAUUUGAGGAGGAACCUGCUUCUGAAAGUGGGAAAUGCGACAAGCAGGCAGUGGUGCUCAAACGAUCGUCCAUAGGAGACUGCCAGGAAGCGAUGGAGGAAGAAAAAUCCCACAAAUUCACAGCACCGCUACCCCCCAAGAGCAGCCAGACAACGCAGGGGAGGUUCCCUUCCUCCACAGCCAACAUCCUGUACAGCAGCAACCUGCGUGAUGACACCAAGGUGAUCCUGGAGCAGAUCUCUGCCAACAGCCAGAAGAACAGAGCCGAGCUGGCCAAGCAGCUGCCAUCCACCAGCAACCCUGACCUUUCCAGGUCAACCACAAGCUUGGAAAGGAGAGGGGAGAAGGAGAAAAGCUGCAACAUCCACAGGUCGGAGAGCUUUGGGAGCCAGAAACGGAACCUUCAGCGACAGCCGUCGGAGGACAGAGACACCCUCCUGAAAAAAAUGGAGAACAUGCGGAAGGAGAAGCGAGUCUACAGCAGGUUUGAGGUGUUCUGCAAGAAGGACGAGCACAUGAGUCCGAGUGAAGAGGAAUAUGACACAGAUGCCAAAGACAAGAAGAUGGGAAAAUUCAUGCCCAAAAUCUUGGGGACCUUCAAGACCAAAAAAUGAUCAUAAAAAUCCUAUUUAAUUCCAUUUAAUCACUGACUGUCACAGGGGAAGGGAGGAAGAAACUUGUUUAUGAUGGCUACAAACUCCACGGGCAAUGCUCUUCUUGGUAAGUGAGCAGAAAUGUGUCCAGCAUGAGCCUCUCAUGGCACAGUUUGCUCCAUAAAUUCAGGUGGUACCAAACAACCUUAUUACACUAUGUUCCAAAUAAAAUUAUUGAAUUGCCAA